AUGGCCCAGAUCAUGGUUUAUGCUGACCUGAGGUUUGCCAAGGUGAUGAGGGGCCAGAGCGCGGCCAGCCAGGCACUGGAGGUAGCCCUUGGCAUGGACGAGGCAGAGAGCCCCUAUGAGAAUGUGCAGCUGGCGCCAGUGGGACAGGAUGGGGACAGGGCCCAGCCCAGCCCAGGGUGCUGGUCCCGGUGGUGGUGCAUCCCUGUGGGACUGCUGGCAACCUGCCUGCUUCUGCUGGUGGCCACUGUGGCCCUGGGGGCUUACUGGCAGGUCACCCGCAGCCUGCAGGAUGCCUCCUGCGAGCACGCGGCCGAGUGGGGCCACCUCUCACAGGAGGUGAGUGCGCAGGAGCAGAGCCUGGAACAGAUGCAGCUGGAGCUGGCGUGGGCCAGAGCGGAGCUACAGCGAGCAUGGCAGGAAGGCAACAGCAGCCAGCUGGAGCUGGGGAGCCGGGAUGCAGAGCUGGUGCGCAUCAUGGGUGUCCUGGGGAAGAUGGAGAAGGAGAUGCAGGAGGUGCAGGGGAAGCUCAACAACAGUGAGAGCACUGUGGCCAUUCUGCGCUCCUGCGUGGCUAUAGACUGCUGCCCCUCAGGCUGGCUGCUGUACAGGGGCAAGUGCCUCUUCAUCUCGUUGGAGAAGAAGACAUGGGAGGACAGCAGAGACAAGUGCGAGAAGAAAUAUUCUCAGCUCCUGGUCACCAAAUCCUGGAGUUGCUGGACUGUGCCGACCUUCCUGAAGAAUGCAGACAUCCCAUACUGGAUCAGGCUGCAGAAGAGCAGCUUCCCCUGGUACGACUACAGCUGGCUGGAGGAAGGGGACCCGGAAGGCGAGGGGAUCUCAGAUGCCUGGUUCUGGGUGGACGGUUCCCUUUAUGAAAGGCCAUGGCAGUCAAAGUUGAAUGGGUCCUGUGCCAUAAUAAGCCGUGGGAACAUCAAACCCACCCAGUGCGCCGGUCCUGAUGACUUGCACCUCUGGAUCUGCGAGAAGGUGGCAGGGCCAAGCUCCCCUUUCAUAUGA